GAAGUGCCUCGGGCCGCCGCCUCCGUCCCGGCUGCGGCCCCUGCCGGUUACAUAACUGGUUGAGGGCUCUGAGCGGCCCCACUUCCUGGCUCCCUGCGAACCAAGGAUGCACUGAGCCCUAGAACGCCAUCCGCUGCCGCCGGCUCCCGCCCGAGGUGUGAAUGACAGAGGCGGUGCCGUCCAGCGCGCUCAGCGAGGUCAGCCUGCGCCUUCUCUGCCACGAUGACAUAGAUACCGUGAAGCACCUGUGCGGCGAUUGGUUCCCCAUCGAGUACCCAGACUCAUGGUAUCGUGAUAUCACCUCCAACAAGAAGUUCUUUUCCCUCGCCGCGACCUACAGGGGUGACAUCGUGGGGAUGAUUGUAGCUGAAAUUAAGAAUCGGACCAAGAUACACAAGGAGGACGGAGAUAUUCUGGCCUCCAGCUUCUCCUUGGACACACAGGUCGCGUACAUCCUCAGCCUGGGAGUUGUGAAGGAGUUCAGGAAACACGGGAUAGGGUCCCUGUUACUUGAGAGUCUAAAGGAUCACAUAUCAACCACUGCCCAGGACCACUGCAAAGCCAUCUACCUGCACGUCCUUACCACCAACAACACAGCCAUAAACUUCUACGAGAACAGAGACUUCAAGCAGCACCACUAUCUCCCUUACUACUACUCCAUCCGCGGCGUCCUCAAAGAUGGCUUUACCUACGUCCUUUACAUCAACGGCGGCCACCCUCCCUGGACCAUCCUGGACUACAUCCAGCACCUGGGCUCUGCACUAGCGAACCUGAGCCCCUGCUCCAUCCCACACAGGAUCUACCGCCAGGCCCAGAGCCUGCUCUGCAGCUUCCUGCCAUGGUCGAGCAUCUCCGCCAAGGGCGGCAUCGAGUACAGCCGGACCAUGUGACACCAGCCAGGCAGCCUCCGCCUGGCCCCUACCCCCGGCAUCUGGCGGACGCCGCCUUCCUGGCCAUCUGACUGUGGCUGUCCUCUGCAGAGGAACUGGUGGCCACCUGCCGGGCCUGUUGGCCCACCCCAGCUGCAGGCCGGUGCUACGCGGGUUCGGGAGCAGAGCAACGUGGGGCAUGCCCUGUCUCCCCAGGUACCCGGAGCAGGGGGUGCGGGAAGCGGAGCAGAGCCUAGGGGGUGACAGUCAGGGAAGUGGGGGGCCCCGCGCUGUCAGCAGAGAACAGGCGGCCCCAGGUGGGCAUGUGCCACACAGGUCAUGGGUUGACAAAGCCCAGGGCCAGGGGUUCCCUGACCACCUCUUGGAAACUUUUGGAGGAAAAACAGUCCUUGAGCCCUGGCCAGAGCGUCGUCUUUUCACGUCCUAAACUCCUUUUUAAAAAAAUAACAUACUUACGUGUUUCAAGAAGUUGAAAAUUUGCGGAAAGAUCACGUCUCCUGCCCCUGGGCCCCGGAUGCUCAGCUUCUCCUUCCCGGGACCGUGUCCCCAGCCGUGCUUCCCUCAGUGUGCACGUGGCCUUGACAGCGGCAGCUGCGCCCACUCACCCUUUGAGCUCCUGGCUGAGCGCUCUGCCCGGCCACGGCCUCUUCUGAGAGCCGUGGGGACACCAGGGUGCACUCCUGUGGGCAUGACCUGGAGCAGGUUGUGGCGGGGGCUGAGCCCACACGGCAGGGCUCCGUGGCCUCCCGGGCUGGCACCCCUGUUGGUGCCAUGGUUUGUGCUGGGACUGAGGGGAGCUGGUGGCCCCUGGAAGGGACUCUGGGCCUGGAGGAGUGCCAGCGCCUGGCUUGGAGCUCCUAGGCCAGUUCCCCGGGGUGGGGGCAGAGCGUUUCCGCCCUGGCCUUCACCCUGCUCCCCUCUUGUCUACCCCACAGGCUCUCCCAGGCCUCCUACCCGCUCUGAAAACCUUCAGCUCCGCUGAGCCCCGGCCCGGCCCUGCGUGUGCGCGCCGGCCCCAUGGGCGGCCCUGGUGGCAGCAUUCACUGUGGUCUGUUUUUUCUGCUGCCCCGGGCACAAGACUGUGGGAAGGGGCUUCUUCUCUGCGCCCCUCACCGGCCUCCCUCCUUCACAGCCUGUUCCUUCCAGCUCCUUCCUCCAAAGCCAGAUUUAACUUCUUGGAGGGAAGAACCCAAGUGUUACGAACACACUUGACCCUAAAGACACAGGAGCCUGAGAACAACAAGGGGUCGAAUACUGGGAACCCCAGCCCCUUGUCCAGAGCCAGCCCCCAGAGGCCCAGGGAUGGGGAGCAAUCUCAUCCCUCCACCUGGGGCUGGGGCUCCUGGGGGACAGCCAGGGAGGCCCCUCACCCACACCCUGAGGUCCGACUCUCAGGCUCCGCUCCCCACAUGGACCUCAGGAUGAUGGGCCGGAUGCUGACACCCCCGCCGGGAGGCUGUCCUCCCACGGGCUGGCUCUGUUCUGUCCCGGGUGACCGGAGCUGCCCGGCCGACGGUGGACGUGCCAUUCACCUGAGCUGCUGCCGGGAGCCAGGCUGAGGACGUGUGCCGCCAAGGAUCCCCAGGGUCCUGGCCCCCAGGCCCCCAGCCCGGUGAGCUGCAGCUCCGAGGCCUGGCCGGAUGCAAAGGGGACAGGGGACAUGCUGCGCACUGCGUUGACCAAGUGAGACCCAGCCUUUGGGGCUGGGGGCAGUCACGUGCCUUGUGGUCCCUCCGUCUCUGGGGCAGAGACUCUGGGUGUGUGCAUGGGCCCCCCCCAGAGCUGCUUGCUGCCCACCCUGGCUUCUGGAGCAGACGGGGUGGUGCAGAGUUGUGCAUGGCCCAAGAGCUGGAGAGGGAACGUGGCAGGUGGAGCUGCAUGACCAUGUCCUUCCCUCCCUCGGAACUUCCAAGCCUGGGGGCUCCUGGGAUGAAGGGCAUCUGGGCAGGAGGGCCUCGGCCUCCCCUCCUCCGAGCUGACAUCAGUUUCACGCUGAGGCCCAGCUAGGUGUCCUCCCUAAUCUGAAUCAACGAUGACCAUGUGAUUUUUUUUUUUUCCGGCCCUUGGGGUAAGGGAAGAGUCUUCCAGAAGGUUCCACCUUGGACAUUGGUAAUGAGCUCAGAGGCCUUGCCCUGCUCCUCCAUCCCCGCCUCCUAAUCAUUGCAGUGUCCAGCCCAGUGUUGAACAGAUUGUAGUGUUUCUUCUCAUUACAAAUAAAUAGACUUCAAUUGGUCA